AUUUCCAUCUGUUGUCAAAGCAAGAGCAUCCGAUGUUAGCAGCAUUGACACCAUAUUUGAAAGAAUGUAGUUUUCGGGUUUCAAAUUAGACAUAGUAGUAAAUCUUCAUUCUCUAGACACCUAAUUCUAUAUUCAGGAAUUGGUUUUUCAGCAGAGGUUUCACAGACAUAGCACCACAAGAUUAUUUUUUUGAUUUCAAACAAAAAUGAAAGCAUAUAUACACAGAGGACCUACUUACUGAAGCACACAACACUCAACCUCUGUAUAGAUCUGUAGACAACACUCAAAUCCUCUGUAUAGGUCUGUAUUUAUGGCAUUUUUCCUGCCAUUCUGAGUUAUUGAUAUUUUUUUCUCUUCAUGGCCUUGAGACUGGAAGGCAGAUCAUCAGAACUGACAUAAAGUUCUGUCUGUUGGAAUGAAUUAAACUGAUGGAAUGGAAUGGAUUAAAUUGAUAUUCUCAGGAUUGUCAUCACUUCCACUUCAUUUCAGAUUCUUCUUGAUAUAUGAGGAUGGACCAUGCCUCCACUAACUAUCAGGAUAAGUAACUAGGCUUUCUAUCACAUUGUUACUUCAAUAGAUUUUGUUUUUGUUUCAUGCAAGCACCAUCCUUCAGAAUUCUUACUAAAAACACUAUUCUUCUAACUUAAUUGUUUCUUGAUGUGUACAUUUAUUCCAUUAAGUGAAACUACCUGUCCCAGUAUUUCUCAGGUCUGAAUAUUUGAGGCUUGGUGCAACAAAUGAAUUACUAAGUAAUUGCUCAGGUCCAAUAGCUUAUUUAUUUAAUUUAGCAUAUGGCAAGGUCUAAUAGCUGAUGCUAUUGGAGAACCCCAAAACUUCUCUUUGUCUCUAAAUUCAUAUUUUGCAUCUCCAUUUUUUUUUUCCAGUUGGUGAAAAAUAAUGUUGCAGUGUAAUAUAAGCCAAUCUUAUUUUUAAAUGACAGAGAGCAAUUUUAGGAAUUGCUGAAAGAGAAAAACAAAGGGAGGUGGGGAAGGAGGAACUGGAAAACUAGCUAUAAAUUCAGAUUCCAGUAACUCAGCACUGUGAUGUGGCUGCUAUAGGAAAGCACAUACUUUGACAGCUUUGACAGAAGCAGAGUUUCCAAAUCCCAAGAAACAAUUAUCCCACUUUGAUCAGACCUCCUCCUUCUCCUCAGAAACAGUCUCCCGUACUUUAAAAGGGAAAAGGGGGGGGACUGGGAAAUUCAAAGAAGAGCCGUAUGGUUCAUUAGGAGAAACUAAGCCCAUGAUACAUGACCCUGUUACAUCAGUCUGGAGAUGAGAAGCUUUAGGGAAGAUGUAAAAGAAUAUCACCUAGGAAAGGAUCAGGAUCAGCAUGUGACUGCACCCAAUUUUACACCUUUUUUUUUGGAGAGGGAGUGGUACUACAUUGUACCCAAUGGUCAUUUUUUGCCAGAAAUCAAAAGCAAAUCCUGAUUACCAGCAAAAAGAAAUAUCUUAAAUUGUGGUCAAUGACUGUGAGACACUGCAAAUGACUCUAAAUGCAGAUUGGUUGCCAAGCAUCCAAAAUGUGAUCAUGUGACCAUGGGGAUGGGAUAAGGUGGACAGCCAUCAAAAUUUCCAAAGCAGGUCAUAAGUAGCUCUGAAGAAGUCUGUGGCAACCUCAAAUGGUCUUUAUAUGACCAUUUAUAAGUCAAAGAUUACCUAUAGAACAGAUCUAGGUUUGAGCAACAGGGCCACACAUAAAAGACAUGAAAUGAGAAUAAUGGCCUCUGAUCUUUAUUCAGAGAACAUAUUAAUAUUUCAAUAUUUUCUAUAUUAUUGGAUGUAAUGACUAAUUGUUAAAUAGAAGGAAACAUCCACAGGGAUAUGUUUCCUCCAGAGGUCAACAUUUGUAUUAAUGAACAGUGCAAUUUCUGAUCUUAGAAGCCACACUCACAAGAAGAAAGAAGCCAUUGAAACAUUAUUAUAGAUGAUAGAAGUUUAUUCCAACCAAAUGCUAUUAAAAGAAAUGAAGAUACAAAUUAUGCACAGGAACAAUAUUUGUAAGAUUGAUGCAGGGAUUCCAUCUUACUGAAUUUAAUUUGAAAAUGCCCAGAAUUGCACUACAAACUAGUAUAUUUUGGGAGACGAAGCCCAUGCUGGAUGCAGUGACAAUCAAUCACAACCAGAGCCUUGGACAAGUUGUGACAGAGUUCAUUCUGCUAGGAUUUCCUCGGGUCCAGUUGUUAGAAAUUUUCCUUUUUGCAAUCAUCUCUAUUAUUUUCAUUCUCACCCUCUUGGGCAAUCUGAUUAUCAUCAGUGUUAUAGUAACUGAUGCUCAUCUUCAUACACCCAUGUAUUUUUUUCUGGGAAAUCUUUCCCUUCUGGAAAUAUUCUUCACCUCAGCCAUUGUGCCCAAGAUGUUAACUAACUUGCUGGCUAAGAAGAAGACUAUCUCAUUUUCAGCUUGCAUUGCUCAGUGUCACUUCUAUUUCUUCCUGGGCUCCACUGAGUUGCUUCUUCUGAGUGUGAUGUCCAUUGACCGCUAUGUUGCUAUCUGCAACCCACUGCGUUAUCCCAUCAUAAUGAACAGUCAUAUCUGCAUCUCUCUGGUGGUUGGUUGUUGGAUAGGCGGCUUUUUGCAUAUCCUGUGGCCAACAAUAGUGAUAUCCCAGCUCCCUUUCUGUGGCCCAAAUGUAAUCAAUCACUUUUUUUGUGACAGUACCCCACUCCUGAAGCUUUCUUGCUCUGACACACAGCUCAUUGAAUUUGUCGAUGUGCUUCUUGCUUCCUUUAUGCUUGUGGGCACUCUACUUCUCAUCAUUGUAUCUUACGUCUACAUUAUCUCCACUGUGCUUAGGAUCCCAUCAGCCACCGGGAGGCGCAAGUCCUUUUCUACUUGUGCCUCACACAUCACUGUGGUGACAAUCUAUUAUGGCAGCUCCAUUUUUAUGUAUGCUCAGCCAGCCCAGAGCUCCUCUCUGGAGUUCAACAAAGUGGUGGCCAUUCUGACAGCUGUGGUGACACCACUUCUAAAUCCCCUUAUUUACAGCCUGAGAAAUGAAAAAGUCCGGGAAGGCCUGAAAGAAAUGGUGAAGAGGAAGCAUGCUUCCCAGAGAAGAAGAGAAUUUUUGAUAUGAUUUCCUUUUCUUCCAUGCAAACACUUGGCAAAUCCACCUUAAUCAGUAAGAAGUUUGUCAUGGAUCCUGUGAAUUAGCUGUUGUAUGUGGAAGAGACCUGAUCUCAUGAUGAACCGGACACUGUGUUAAUGCUUGGGCUUUGUUUUCGUCUCCUGAUGAAGCCAAUGACUAUCACAGCCAGAUUACUGUAAUAUUUGAAGCCUAAGCUGAUAGUUCAAGAAAACUAUUUUUGUUAAAUCAUAACAAACCUGUAUUAAAGAAUAAAAUAAGUUCAGUUGCUAGAAAACAAAGUGACAAUAAAACAGUUAAAUUUAAAUUAA